AAUGCUCUUCACGGAGGGAGGUGCCUGAUAAUGCCAGCCGAGGAGCGAGCUUAGACCCGGGAAGUGCCGAGGGAGAUCCGUAGCGUGAGAGGCUGCGGAGUCUCCUUAGAUGACACCCUCUGAAUCGACCUGGAUCCUGUAUGCCAUCAGACGGAGCAUUCAUUGUGGUGAUAUACAGGAGGCUGUAAGAACUGAGAUCCCCCCCGCCUCGCUUUUUGUAUGUCCCAGCCGUCUCUGCCAGGUUCCCGGCAACUAGCUAGCAGACACGCAGACACACAGCUUACGGGAGUGAGAGGAGCUGUAAAGCAGGCUGGCUGAAGAUCUCUCAAACGAGCUGUAAUGCAGGCUGGCUGAAGAGCCACAAACGGAGACCAGCAGGAUAACGGGAUAAAGUAGAGGAGCAGAAAAAAGGAGAGAUGAAUUGCAAGUUUGUGUUGACUCUUUUGACUGGGCUAGUAGAAUGCAUGUGCUUUGCGGGACUCCCCUUUGGUUGGGCAUCUCUGGUGUUUGUGCUGAAGAAGGAACAAUAUUUUCAAGAUCUGUGCUACAAUGCUACAAAUCAUACAACCAACUCUACUGACAGCUGUAUUCCUCAGGAUGAACGAUUUGCUCUUAUAUUCACAGUGGCUUCUUUCUUGAACAGUUUAUUGACCCUUCCAUCUGGCUAUAUUUAUGACCGCUUUGGAACCAUGAUGGCAAGGUUUAUCUGCAUAUUUUUUUUUACAGUAGCCACCCUUUUUAUCGCUUUGUCCACAGCAGAAACAGCCAUGCUCUUGUUUCUUGCCCUCCCCCUCCUGGCUUAUGGAGGAAUGACCUUUAUUUUGACUAAUAUGCAGGUGGGAAAUCUCUUUGGUGCUCAGCGUUCCACAAUUAUAACGCUCUACAAUGGGGCCUUUGACUCUUCUUCUGUCAUAUUUCUAAUAGUUAAGGUUCUGUACCAAGAUGGAAUUUCACUGAGAACGACGUUCCUCUUCCUUUCAUGCUGUAGUGUUAUUCAUAUUCUGAGAACACUAUUUCUCUUGCCAAAGGAUCACAUUCCAUACCCACCUCCUGCGGGGUACAACUAUGGUGUGAAUUGUGGAAAAGACAUUCAUAAAAAAAUAGAAUCGAUCAACUCUAUAGUGCCGCCUAAUGAAGGAGAAAAAUUCCAAGAUGCAAAUGACUUACAAGAAGAAACUUUUAUAAAUACCCUGAUAAAACAUGAUGAGCAGCAAGAAAUGUCAUUCUGGAGCUGUGCCUUCUCAUCUCUUUUUGGCUGGCAUUUAGUUUGGCUUUCUCUAAUGCAACUCAGGCACUACAUGUAUAUUGGAACUCUAAACCCCACUAUCACCCACCUGAGUGGAGGAGACCUGCACAUAGUGAGUAAAUACACAAAUGUCUUUGCUGUGACUCAGUGUUGUGGCAUUUUGUGUGCUCCUUGGAAUGGGCUCAUCAUAGACAGGCAUAAAAGGAAAGACAAAGGAAAGCUUGAUGACCUCCAUUCCACCAUCCUAUCUCUGACUUUGACGACUAGCCAAUGCAUACUGUUUUCACUGUGUGCUUCAAUACCCUUUCUCCCUGCACUGUAUCCAACUUUCAUCCUCCAAGUGUUGAAUCGGUCGUUUCUAUAUGGAGGCAAUGCAGCGUUUAUUUCUAUAGCAUUUCCAGCCAAGUACUUUGGAAAACUCUUCGGACUAAUGAUGUCGCUUUCUGCUGUCAUAGCACUUUUUCAGUAUCCUGCAUUUUACAUUAUACAAACCCAUCUCCGCGGUGACCCCUUAUAUGUCAACAUUUUUUUCGCCAUUCUGAUGCUGGUGACUUUUGCCCAUCCAAUUAAUGUUUUUCGUGUUUGCAGAAAAGACAGGAAAGCAAGAAAGCCAGCAGAUUCACAUGAUUCCUAAACCGUGUUUGGCAAUAAGAACAUGAUAUUGUAUAAUUUCAAGAACUGAAAAAAACAUUAUGCUUAAGGCUCCAUUCACACCUAGGCGUUUUCACGCCCGCCGCCCGCCGCUAUUGCAGCCUG